AUGUGGAGGAUGACAUUUAGACCUAAUGCGGGUGCCUUAGGCCGAUCGAUUAUACGUGGCUCCGGGCCGAGAUACUAUGUAGAUAUAUUAACAGCGUUAUAUAUAGACGAUGUAUUUGUUAACAGCGUAAUAUACAAUAUAGGAGAGCAAAUUACUAAACAACAGCGGACUACAAAUUUAACCCAGCUUUAUAGCUUACAUGUGCACCUACUUACUCCUAAGCUUGCUAAUAAGCUAGCGGAAGAUUUGCGAACAAAAGGUCGAGUUAAGAAUAAGAUACUUUGUAUAGAUGGCGUAUGGCGUCUUUAA